GCCUUCGAGAUCCAUCCGCGUUCAAUACCAUCAAAAGUGAAAACACAAAAUGGCGACCGCGGAGUUUCCGUUGUGGUGGUUACGCGGCGACAUUGCCAACCCUUUGAGAGGUGAAAAUUCGGGUUGAUUUCCAAAUUCGCAGCUAUCAGGAAGGGGAAAAAAAUCGCCUCCCUAGCCUUUGAACUUUGACCUUUGCAGCACCGAAACCCUGAAAACCGGCCCGAAAUUUUCGAAAAUCCGACCAAGGGGUUGAGAAAAACGGAGCUUCAUGUUCGUCAUUGUGUUUCCCGAAGGACUUAAAUGCCUUGAACAGAAGCUGAAGUCCUCAAAACAAUCCAAAAUGCGAGAGGACUUGAUAGAGGAGUCGAACGUGACUUCCAAUGAGUUCGACGUUGGCAGCAUAGCGGAGGAAGAGUUUGAACUUCAUACGACUUAUAUUGUUCCUGACUUACCGACCGAACCUGAUACCCCAAACAGGGCGGAAGCGACUCUACCCCGUAACCUGGUGCUCAAACCAUCUCAAGCCCUUUCGGACGCCCAGGGAGUUUGGAGCACGGGUUAUAUCCCACGAGGAACGCGCUUUGGGCCUCUCGUGGGAGAAAUCUACGCCAAAGAUGCCGUUCCGAGCUCCGCCAAUCGCAAGUAUUUUUGGAGGGUUCAGCUUAGAGAAGGCUUCUAUGUUAACAACUCGCCGGAUACGAAGAUAUAUAAAGAUAACGAACUCUACUACUAUAUUGACGGGUUUGACACUUCCAAAGCAAACUGGAUGCGAUACGUUAACCCCGCCUACUCCAGCGAGUCGCAGAAUCUUAUAGCUUGUCAGUACAAGAUGAAUAUCUACUUUUACACAAUCAAACCAAUACUCCCUAACCAAGAGCUGCUCGUGUGGUACUGCAAGGAGUUUGCAGAACGACUGAAUUAUCCCAUAACCGGCGAGCAGAUGCUUCAAAGGAUAAGACAACAAGUACAACAGUCGUCAGAAGCGAUCAGCGUGACGACCACAGAGUCGCCACCAAAAGACAACUACGACCAUCAGCUAACACCGACCGAGGGCAGCGUACGUUCCGAUGAAGGGUACCACAGCAACGGGUACCACGAUGACGUGUUUACGCCGCCCGAGGACUCGAGCGAUUCCGAUAGCGAAAAUAACUACGUGCUAGAUUUCAGCAAGAAGCCAAAUUCCAAAGAAACGACCGUCAUCCAGACGGUAGCUGUCGCGCCGGAAGUGCAGAAGAAUGAAUACCGGAAAGUGAAAAUUAAAAUCUCUAAGGCGUACCACUACAAAACGAUGAAAGGCGACAGCGACCACGAGGCGACCGGCAAGGAAUCUCCGCCGCUUGAUACUUCAGUACCUGAACCAACCACCGCACUAAACCCUAGAGUUAUAACCUCUCCCGCCACGGUUAUCGUGAUGGACUCCCCGCCACACGAAGUUCCUACCAAGCCGUUCUACGAAUCCGAGGUCAAAACGACCAACGUCAUAUCGAGGUACGCGCCCCCGACGUCGAGCAUCUUGGAAAAUAUAUUGCUCCGGAACCGGACAGACAGCAACAAUAACGACAGCAAUCAGCGGCAGCCUAACGCGACACCUCCUCCCAGUUCACCUACGGAGAUGGCUUACUCUUACAAGAAGAGCCACAGAUACGGAACGAUACCCUGCAGUCCAGACUCGAGUUCGAACAUCCAGACGGGCAUUCGUUCGCCGGGGACGAUGUCGUGUAAAGUUCAAUCCUCCAGUCCGGUACAAACGACAAGUGUUUACGUGAACGAGGCUUAUCAGUCGAACGUUCAAUCGGGAGGCUACUACAGCAUCUACCCUUCACCGACCGGUGUGGCUCACGGGAGUGUAUCACCAACGUCUCACGUAUACUCACCACCGCUGACCGCCGGUUACGGCGCUCACAACAACAACAACGGCUCCCCGAAUCUGAUGCUUUCCACCAGCCACAUACUCAAUAGUAACAUCUCGCAUCACCUGUUGACGCCACUGUCGCCACUCCAAAACCCAAAUUCGAGAUCGCCGAACUGCAAUAGUCCCGACAAGUACGACAUUAACGUCAUCUCGAGCAAUCCCGCGAGUCCGACGGGACAAUCGAGGGGAUACAGGAGUCUGCCGUAUCCGCUCAAAAAGAAGGACGGCAAGAUGCAUUACGAAUGUAAUGUCUGCUGCAAAACGUUCGGGCAGCUGUCGAACUUGAAGGUCCAUUUGAGGACUCACAGCGGCGAGAGGCCUUUCAAAUGCAACGUCUGCACCAAGUCGUUCACUCAACUCGCUCACCUCCAGAAACACCACUUGGUGCAUACGGGUGAAAGGCCGCACGAGUGCGGGAUAUGCAAGAAGCGGUUCUCGUCUACGUCGAAUCUCAAGACUCAUCUUAGGUUGCACAGCGGUCAGAAGCCGUACGCCUGCGACUUUUGUCCUGCCAAGUUUACGCAGUUCGUGCACUUAAAGCUGCACAAAAGGCUGCACACGAACGAGCGACCGUACAUUUGUCAGGAGUGCGGCAAGAAUUACAUAAGCGCGUCUGGAUUAAGGACCCAUUGGAAGACGACGAAUUGCAAACCGAACAACAUCGAGGAGGAGCUGAACGGAGACGCUUCGCCGACUGGGUAUUACGAGUACCCUGGCUCUGAUGUGAGUUUGGGCGCCAUGGAUAUAAGGGACGUUCACGAGGAGCCGAAAGAUGGGUUCGAUAUUCACACCGCGCACGCGCUGAGUCAUUCCGCUCUGCAGCCCAGCAUGGUGAGGCAGAUGUCCCCGGGUCUCAUACAGUCCACGGUCCAACGAACUCCCCAAGCACUACACGGGAAGGAAACGAGGCCCACCGUGAUCGAGUCCUCACAGCCUCACAUUAUAGAAUGUACCUAAGAUGUUUCCUGCUCAUUAGCGUAUGGAUUGAAUAGGGUUUUUUUAUGUUUUAAUUUAUGUAUUCGCUAAUCGGAACGCGCGUAUGUUUUCGCAGAUUCUGAGAAAAUCUUUUAUCGUCCUCUUUCUUCGAGUCAAAGCCUGAUGAUUACUUCUUUCGGCGGCAGAAACGUUUCGCUUUUCAUACUCGUGAUUUUACUAUGGAAAACCUACUUUCCAUUCAACCUGAAUGUUUAGCAUGGGGUUUAUUACUUCAAUAUUAAUUCAUUUUUAACCUACGGAGAGGCAAAAUUUUAACUUGUGACAGGUUAGGGAAACUGUCGCUUUAUGUUUCAAAAAUUCUUGCCCGAGCAUGGCAUAUUUCAGUGUUUCACGGAGAUAGCCUAAGCCUCCUCUCCACAUUGUAUUCUAAAUCGUUUUAAAAUUUGAGGCGGCAAAUUACUCUAGCAAAUUCGUUUGCUCAGAAACGUGUAAGUAUAUUCAAUUAAAAAAAAAAAACAGUAAGGAAAAAGGAAAGUGACAAAGAGCGUUAAAAAAAUGGGUAAGAAGAUGUAUUCAGCGGAGAUCUGCUUCGGAUGUAUAUAUGAAAAGCUGCUCUCUGAAUUGAGAAUGGAAACAAAAGAAAAUUUAUUGUCAUUAAACAACAGAAAAUUUCGCUAUUGCUAAAUCUAGAUAAGUAGACAUAUUUAUUUCACUUGUAAAUGUGCAAAAUACUGAAACAGAGAUUUCCAGACUUUUUUUUCGUCUUAGACCACUUUGAGAAUUGGAACACCUGCAGCUUCAUUUAUAAAUAUGGAAUGGCAUGUUUUUACAAGUAACAGUUUUUCGUGGACCCCCGAAUUGUGGUAUCGACCUAGACUACUAUGGCAAUAAGGUGUUAAAAUAAUAUCAGUUGAAAAAUAUACAAAUACAUGCAGUAUAAAAGGGCAAAUUACUAAUAUACGAAAAAGAAAUACGCAAAAGAAGCAUACAAGCAAGUGUACAUAAGUUAUUAAGCAAGUAUUUAUCUCUUAAAGCACAGGUCGAAAAAAAAUCUGUUUUGUUGACAGGUUUUCAACCUAGAAAAUAUAAGCUCUAACAAGUUUUUAUUUCUUAUGUUAUAGUUGCGUUUCUCAGAGAUUCUUUGCCAUUGUGUUAUAUUUUUUCUUGCGUAAACUAAAAGGGAUGUACAUAAAAUGUAAUAGGUAAUUUUAAGGCGCUUGAACGGCGCCAUGAUGUUCUUUUACUGAACUUCGUAUAUAUAUAACUACUUUUUUUGCGGUAUCAGUGUUUGAUCCACUUGGAAUGCAUUUUGUGGGUGAAUAAUUGAUUAUGCUAUUAUAAAUUGAAAGAGUCUGAAAUAACCAAGGUUCACAACAUCUAAGGAAGCGGUUUUGCCUAUAUUCUACAAAAGAAAUGAAUGAAAGUCUGUGCCCAAAUGCCCCAAACAUUUUGUUGUCCCUAUAUUUUCAACAGAUUGCCCUUUGACUUCCAGCAACUAGCUAGAAUGUCUCUUGAGGUUUCUUGAAAGGAAUUCUAUAACAGUCUUUGUAGCGUUUCAACUUAUACUCCAAUUGGGUACAUAUCUGGGCUUUUCUCCAAAGGCUUUCUUUAUUUUUUUGGCUGAUACCGCGCUUGUGGAGCCAAAAUAAAUCUCUCUAAAAUUAAAUCUUAAACCAAUUGGAGAAAGGUCUGGUCACCUGAUGGCGGAGUGCCAUGACAAUAUGUAAAAUUAAUCUAUUAUAAAUUUUAAAAAUCGCAUUGCAUAUCGAGUUUAAAGUUUAAGCUUACCAGUAGCAGCUAAUAUUAAUUUUAAAGCAUCAAAGAAUUCCAAUGUUUUUUUGUACAAUUCAGUUGUAUUCGUAAGUUCUUUUGUGCUAAAAUGCGCUCUACUUUUGACUUUAGUUUAAAACUCUUUGGAAAGUACAUUCAGUAUAUCUGAGCAUAGUUAGUAAAUUUUAAUUUAUAAAAAAACUUUUACAUUUUAAUUUCACAAGUGCUUACCUUAGUCGUGCGCAUCAUAAGCUCUAGUGAGACCAAAUAAAUUGUACACACUACUUGAAAGUUCCAGUUUUUUCGGAAUGUGCAAGAGAGAAAAUGAACGAGAGUUCCAAUACUACAACAACUUCAGUUACUUCUUAACAUUAAGUUGUGGAUAUCUUUUCCCUAAAAAUAGAAGAAAAUAGUGUAAACCUUCAUGAUGGUGGGUAUUAGCUUUAAACAGAAGUGUGUUUGUGAGGGUAAGGAGUAUAGCAAGUAAGCGACUCGCCGCCUGCAAGUAGCCGCACACAUUACUCGCUACUUAUCAUGUACUUAAAUCCCAUAUAGUGAUCAAGUGGUCAAGUACUUGGCUUAAAAGUAAAAAUGGAUACGAGACUUUAAAAGCGCCUUCAUUUUCGUUUCCAUGGAGCUGGCAAAAUUCAGUAUGGUAAUAGUGAUGGAAGAAAAAAAUACAUAGUAGCUCGUGCGUUUUUCCGUUCAAUGGUAAAUGUUUUUUAGAAGUUGCAAUAAUUUAUGUCUGACCGAAGAAAAUGACUGAAAUGGAAAUUGGGCGAUUUUUGAUCUUCAUUUACAGCUUAUAGUGACUUUGCAAGAACAUACCCGAAACGUAGGGAUCCGAUUGCGAAAUUGUACUGAAACAUUGUUUAUGUUCGAGAUACUCAAUAUUUGUUGACUCUAUGUAUUUAUUUUAAAUAGUAUUUAUUGACAAACUUGUUAGGCGAUAGGAUUUCAAUGGAGACACCCGAAUUUUUCAAUUUUAGACUGAUUACGGAAAAGCAAUAUGGUGUAACUUUAAUGUAACUUGCACUAAAUUUUCUAACGGUUGUUUUUUCUCGCCUGAUUUGCGAAUUUACGUGUCCUAGAAAAGGUAGUCCAAGUUCGUUCGUUUUACGUUUGUACAGGUAUACCUAGUUUUUGUAUUGAGUGUGUUUAAACGUGCAUGUGUGUGUAAAAAAAUAUUACGGGGCACAGUUGAUCCUCGAAACUUGGUAUAAAACGCUAGAGUGAUACUCACAUUCAGUAUGAUAAAUGUACCAAAUAAUAUUUAUUUCCCGCCAAGGAGUUAGAUGUUCAACUGUACAGGGCGAUUCGCGACGAUAUUUAUUUAACUAUUUUUUUUUAUUUUUCCUUGGUUUUCCGUUAAUGUCACUUAAUUUUUUUUUAUUAUAAUUUCAACACUUUGGGCAGUCUUGUAGUAUAUGUUUAAUUGCAAAAAAAUAUCGUGUUGCUUUGAAUGUAAUUUUACUAUUUUCGGUUUGGCUUUGAUAUAUUAGUAGAUGCCUGAGGAGAGUUCAGACGAACAUAACCUAAACAAAGGUAGUUCAGCCAAACACACGUAUGUGGCGUAAUACGGCAUGGAUGACGCUGCAUUUAAAAUACGUAAGUGGCGCUGUAAUACAACACGAGGGAUGUAGGUAGCAAAUACUACGUCGCAUGUGCCGUAUUACUACGUACAUGUUUUCAUCUGAAGUCCUUUUCUUUAUUUUAUGUUCAUCUGAUCUUCCUUUAUGCAUCUACUGAUAUUUAUUUUUCGAUUUACUUAUACUUAUUUUAACCAGUAGAACCAGAUUGAAGCCUGUUUUUCACAAAUGACGGCUACUUUUAUCACGUAAUUCAAAGCAGCCCUCAUCAAAUUUACUUAAAACAUAAAAAAAAAUCUUAAAAAUUGGGAAGUUCAUCUGGUAUUCCCUUUUUGCUUUCACCAAAUAUAUAAAUUGGUAAGUUCGUCGCGAAUAACCCUGUAGUUACAUAUAUAGGCGCUACAAAAGUUUCGGUCAAAACGCUUUUCUGUCGAAAUAAUGAUAUGCCUUUUAUAUUAUAGUAACUAUAUAGAUGCUUCGCUCAUCUAUAGAAUUUCUUCAGCUCGUUCAUCACAAAGCAAAGAAAACUUUUUGUUCUUUCACGAGAUAAAAGUCAGUAUUAAGUUGGUUCAAAUGAAAUACGACAUGGUUAGCGACCAUUUUAUUUUGUAAAAUCGUAUUUUUGUAUAUUUCGCGUUCAUGUAAAUAUUUCCUUUUAGGUACCUUCUGGAAAAUUGAUGUAAAUUUCUGUAAAUUGUAUAUGUUUCGUUGACAGCAGGACGCCUUGAAGUUGUACAUAACAUUAUUUAUUGAACAUUUCUCUCGGCUUAUCGGGGUUUUGUUAAUUUUUUUACGGUUACGUUUUCUUCCGAUCGGUAAUAGUUGUACAUCGUUUUUACAUUGACGAAAUAUAAUUUCUCUCACUUGUUCAACACGACAUGCAAUAGUAUAAUCUAGUUAUUACAUAAGCGGUAUGUACUGUGUACAAGAGCAGAUUUUGUUUUUGUUAUUUAAGUUUGCGGCUAUAAGUUAUCGGUUAUUUCUGGAUUCCACUGAAUUGAGCGAAAUUUAUUUUUGUUUUAAUCAGAUAAGAAAUAGUUACAUGCACUUAAAUCAUAAUCGUUAUUGAUACAGAUGUACUGAUCCGGUGUUAUUAAGUAGAGCAAAAGGUUUGGUGGUUUCUGUUUUCCCUUCCGUUUCCAACAUAACGACAUGGUUUUCAAAAUAUUUUGGUAUUCAUGCAUGUAAAAAUGUUCAUAUGACUAUUA